UUCUGGGUCGGAGAUAAGGAGCUUUAGUGCAGUUACUUAUUGGGGGUUCCAUUUUCACUCAAAUAAAUGAAUAUUAUAUAACACUUGGCCUCAUGAAUGACUGUGCUAUUCUUAAAUCUUGAUGCUUUAGUACGCUAUCUUUUAUUGGGUGGAAUCUGACUCUGAUUUCCACUAACUAUUAUAGUCGUUGCUUUUAUUUGUCAUCUCGGUCUGUUCAAUUACCACAAUCUUUUUAGGUAUUAUGAUCAUUGGUUUAUAGAAACAUAAUGAAGUACUCGGGUUGGUAGGUGUUUGUUAACUUGAUGGUUUUGUUCGUAGGUAAGGUUAAAUAGACAUGGGUUUUCGUUAUUGUUCUUGCUUGAUCAUUGAAAUUCCUUGCCAUUCCAUGUUCUUUUUCUGCUGAAGUUUUUUGGUUCUUAAUCUGUAACAUAGUAUAUGCAUAAUAUAUAUUUUAAUAAUUUUGAUCUGAGAAACUUUUGGUUCCUUUUAUAUGUAGAGCUUCUGAAUCAAUUGGAGGCAAUAGUGGACUGGAUACAUCUUGUGUCGGUCAAGUUGGUAGUUGACCGAAAUGAACGUGACUGGCUUUAUUUUCUUACUCCUUCUCUACUUAGGAGUGUUUCAAAUUGUUUGCAGUAGAAAUGCUUCUGCUCGGCCAGCCGUUGUAAAUAUUGGAGCAAUGUUUAAAUUUAACUCUACCAUUGGACAAGUUGCAAAGAUUGCUAUUGAUGAAGCUCUGAAAGAUGUGAACUCCAAUUCAAGCAUUCUCAAAGGAACAAAACUUAACAUAACACUGCAAAAUUCCAAUUGUAAUGGCUUUCUUGGCAUGGUCGAAGCUUUGCGGUACAUGGCGACAGAUGUCAUUGCAAUUAUAGGUCCACAGUGUUCUGUGGUUGCACCUAUUAUUUCACAUGUUGCAAGUGAACUCCAAGUUCCUCUACUGUCGUUUGCAGCUACAGAUCCGACCCUUUCUUCACUUGAAUUCCCUUUUUUUGUUAGGACAACACAGACUGACUUGUAUCAAAUGACGGCUGUGGCUGAUAUCAUUGAUCAUUAUGGUUGGAAGGAGGCCAUUGCAAUAUAUACAGAUGAUGAUUGGGGGCGAAAUGGUGUGUUUGCAUUGAAGGAUAAACUUGCAGAGAGGCGCUGCAGAAUCUCCUACAAAGUAGGUAUUCAACCAUAUUCUUCAGUGACUCGGGGUGACGUCAUGGAUAUUCUUGUUAAAGUAGCAUUAAUGCAAUCUCGAAUUGUUGUUCUGCAUGUAAAUCCAGUAAUAGCGUUUAAGGUUUUCUCUGUUGCAAACCAUCUUGGAAUGAUGGGAAAUGGUUAUGUGUGGAUAGCUACAGAUCAGCUUUCAUUAGUUUUAGAUUCCAAUUCUCCUCUUUCUUCUGAGACUAUGGACACAAUGCAAGGGGUUCUAACUUUACGUCAACACACACCUGAUUCAGAUAAAAAAAGAGCCUUUUUUGCUAGGUGGAACGACAUAACCGGAGGUUCUCCAGGAUUGAACUCUUUUGGGCUAUAUGCUUAUGAUACAGUUUGGCUGCUCGCUUAUUCUCUUGAUGCGUUUUUCAACCAGGGUGGGGUUAUCUCAUUUUCUAAUGAUUCUAGGAUAAACUCUGUGGCAGGCAGUACACUCCACCUUGAAGCAAUGAGCAUUUUCGACGAUGGAAAGCUCUUGCUGAAGAACAUAUUGCUGAGUGAUUUUGUUGGUUUGACAGGCCAUCUUAAGUUUAAUUCAGACAAGUCUCUUAUUCUUCCUGCCUAUGAUAUUAUUAAUGUUCUUGGAACUGGGAUUCGACAGAUUGGUUACUGGUCGAACUAUUCUGGUUUAUCCACUGUAUCCCCAGAGACACUUUAUACAAGACCACCAAACCGUUCAAGUGCUAACCAAAAGCUACACAGUGUAAUUUGGCCGGGAGAGACAUUGUCUACGCCUCGUGGAUGGGUUUUUCCGAACAAUGGAAAGCUAUUGAGAAUCGGUGUUCCAAAUAGGGUCAGUUACAAGGAAUUUGUAUCGCGGAUUCAAGGAACUGACAUGUUCAAGGGAUUUUGUAUAGAUGUAUUUACAGCUGCUGUUAAUUUAUUACCAUACGCUGUUCCAUAUAAAUUUAUCUCCUUCGGAGAUGGUCGUAAGAACCCAAGCUAUACAGAGCUUGUGAAUAAGAUCACAACGGGUGACUUUGAUGCUGUUGUGGGUGACAUUGCCAUUGUUACAAAUCGGACGAGGAUAGUUGAUUUUACCCAGCCUUAUGUUUCAUCUGGGCUGGUCAUUGUAGCUCGGUUGGAGAAACAAAGAAGUGGUGCUUGGGCUUUUUUUCGGCCAUUUGGUCCCCGUAUGUGGAUUGUCACUGCUUCCUUCUUUAUCAUUGUCGGAAUGGUUAUUUGGAUCCUGGAGCACCGGAUAAACGAUGAGUUUAGGGGCCCACCUAAAUAUCAAAUUAUAACCAUUUUAUGGUUUAGCUUCUCAACGAUGUUCUUUGCCCACAGAGAGAAUACUAUGAGCACGCUUGGGCGUCUAGUGUUACUUAUAUGGCUCUUUGUGGUUUUAAUAAUCAACUCCAGUUACACCGCAAGUCUGACAUCAAUCCUCACAGUGGAACAUUUAUCUUCUCCAAUUAAAGGACUUGAAAGCUUGGUAACUGAUAAUGAGCCUAUUGGAUAUCAAGAAGGCUCUUUUGCGGAGCGGUAUCUAAGUGAGGAACUAAACAUAUCUAGAUCUAGGCUUUUUCCUCUUGGAUCACCUGAAGAAUAUGCUUCGGCCCUUGAACGUGGUCCUGAAAAUGGAGGUGUUGCUGCUAUAGUCGAUGAACGUCCAUAUGUUGAGCUUUUUCUCUCGAGCCAGUGCAAAUUCAGGAUCGUCGGUCAAGAAUUUACCAAAAGUGGCUGGGGUUUUGCAUUUCCUCGGGAUUCUCCGUUGGCAAUUGAUAUGUCAAGUGCAAUUCUAACACUUUCUGAGAACGGCGAUCUGCAGCGGAUACAUGCAAGUGGCUCUGCAAAGCACCUGCAGUUGGAGAGUACAGAGAUAGAGACAAGCCAACUUAAUCUAUCCAGCUUCUGGGGUCUAUUUCUUAUCUGUGGGAUUGCUUGCUUCGUUUCUCUUCUCAUAUAUUUUCUGCAGAUAUUGCAGCAGUUACCACCUGCUCCUGAAUCUGCUUCAAGAACAGGUCCAGUUCGCUCACGUUCUCGACGACUGCAGAGGAUUUUGUCACUAUUGGAUGAGAAAGAAGACCAAUCAAAAGGUGGCCAGAAGAGAAGGAAAGUAGACAACGAUGGGGAUGAAGAGUUGGGGAGUUCGCCCAAGAGGAGAGAAAGGAACAAUAGCAAUAGCAAUAGGAAUGUAACCUGGAGCAAUUAAUUGCUUCCCACUUCAUUCAUUGGAGUUGGGCAUACCUGACUGUUAACUAUGCCACUGUUCAUGUGUUCAAAGGCAAAGCAUUGGUUGUUGGGUAUAUUAUAUGUUAGAAGGAUUUUGAUUUCAAGCACAGCAACAAGUAAUUCAAUCCAAGAUUAUUGCGA